AUGGAGCUGUAUAUCAAUGAAACAGCAGAGGAAAGAGCCCAGACAGCAGUGGUCUUUAAAUACAGACUUUUAACUCUUCUGUCUUUUCUCAGUUUCAUGACCACCACAUUUGUUAUUGAAGCCAUGGCUGCUGCCAAUGCCCAGCUGCGCUGGAAGAGGAGAGAACAGGAAGAGGUUAAUGACAGCGACUCCAGCUCGGACUAUUCGGAUGACGAGGUUGUCAUCCGGGGACGUUCGGAACCCGUCGAGACGCGGCCCAUUCUCUCUGUCCAGCGUGCCGCGAAUAUAGACCACUUUGACAUUGUCGAGAGAGUUGAGAUGGGACAAAUGGCCUCCAUGUUUUUUAAUAAAGUUGGCGUCAACAUGUUCUACAUCUGUCUCAUCGUGUACCUGUACGGAGACCUGGCCAUUUAUGCCGCUGCUGUACCUGUAUCAUUGAUGGAAGUUGCAUGUGGGAAUCACUCGUGCAGUGCCGGGAGUGUGAAAUACAAUGACACCGAGUCAUGCUGGGGCCCCGUAAGACGCAAAGACGCCUACAGAGUGUUUCUGGUUACCUUCACACUGUUGUUGGGGCCCUUCACCUUUUUCAAUGCGCAGAAGACCAAAUACCUCCAGAUCCUUACCUCUCUAAUGAGAUGGAUUGCGUUCACCAUGAUGAUCAUCCUGGCUUUGAUUCGUAUUGGCAAGGGCCACAGUGAGGGCCACCCAUCUGUGGCUCAGAUCUCAGGUGUGCCCAACCUCUUCGGGGUCUGUGUCUACUCGUUCAUGUGCCAGCACUCGCUGCCCUCGCUCGUGACGCCCAUCUCCAACAAGCAGCUCAUGAGCGCCCUGGUCAUGGCCGACUACAUCCUCAUCCUGUGCUUCUACAGCCUGCUGUCCCUCACGGCCAUAUUCUGCUUCGAUAGUUCUCUGCUGCGGGACAUGUACACUUUAAAUUUCACGGAUAACUGCGACGUCCUGAGCAUUCCAGUGUUGCGCUACUUCCUGGGCCUCUUUCCCGUUUUCACCAUUAGCACCAACUUUCCCAUAAUAGCCGUCACGCUACGCAACAACUGGAAAACUCUCUUCCAUCGGGACGGCGGCACGUACCCUUGGGUGGUGGACCGUAUCGUCUUCCCGCUCAUUACCCUAGUGCCGCCCAUUAUCGUGGCCUUCUGUACUCACGAUCUGGAGUCGCUUGUGGGUAUCACUGGGGCGUAUGCUGGAACGGGCAUUCAGUAUAUCAUCCCAGCCUUCCUAGUAUAUUUUAGUCGUCGUCAUCUAGAGCCCGUGUUGGGAAGGGAUGCUGUAAAUAAGCACCGGUCGCCUUUCCAUCACACGUUCUGGGUUUGGUUUGUGAUAUUGUGGGCAACGUUCUGUCUAAUGUUUGUGACUGCCAAUAUUGUCCUUACCGAUGCUAAGAACUGAGUAUAAAAGCAGAUUUGUUUUGUCAA